UUAACCUUUUUCAAUUGGAUUGGAUAUGGCCUAAUCGAUGUUUGUGACUCGGCCCAAUAUAUUAGCAUGAAAUAAAAGGAACUGAACGAUCCUUUCAAAAGGAGCUCUUCUUGCCAAACAAAAGCUGCUCUUCCGCCAUCUUCAUACUCGUUAGUUUUUCAUCUGGACAGCUUUAAUGGGUCCUUUGACGUUAGCUAUCGAUGCAAAAAGCUCUUCCAAUGUCUCCUCAGAUGCACCAUUUAACAAAAUUCAAAGUUCCUCUCAGCUGGAAGCAAGAAAGGCUUUUGCAUCAAUCAGCACGCAAGAAGAAAAACCAUUUGAUUUUUUGCGUACUUUAUUUGAGGGAGUCAUAGCAGGAGGUGCAGCUGGUGUUGUUGUGGAAACAGCAUUAUAUCCAAUCGAUACGAUAAAGACAAGACUGCAGGCAGCUCAUGGUGGUGGGAAAAUAAUUUUGAAAGGUCUUUACUCUGGAUUGGCUGGAAAUAUUGCUGGUGUCUUACCGGCUUCUGCAUUAUUUGUUGGAGUAUAUGAGCCUACGAAGCAGAAACUGCUGAGGAUGUUACCUGAAAAUCUUAGCGCUGUAGCUCAUCUAACUGCAGGUGCUGUGGGAGGGGUUGCUGCUUCUCUCAUUCGAGUUCCGACAGAGGUUGUUAAGCAAAGGAUGCAGACUGGUCAGUUUACUUCAGCACCUAAUGCUGUGCGCCUUAUUAUCUCUAGGGAAGGUUUUAAGGGGCUUUAUGCAGGAUAUGGAUCAUUUUUACUGCGAGAUUUGCCAUUUGAUGCAGUUCAAUUUUGUAUCUAUGAACAACUUCGGAUAGGCUACAAAGUGGCGGCACAAAGAGAAUUGAAUGAUCCAGAAAAUGCUAUUAUUGGUGCUUUUGCUGGUGCAUUAACUGGAGCUAUAACUACACCACUUGAUGUGAUUAAGACAAGAUUAAUGGUUCAGGGUUCAGCUAACCAGUACAAAGGCAUCUUUGAUUGUGUUCAAACUGUUGUUAGAGAAGAAGGACCCAAUGCUCUUCUAAAGGGCCUAGGUCCAAGAGUUCUGUGGAUAGGCAUUGGUGGUUCCAUCUUCUUUGGUGUAUUGGAAAGCACAAAACGGUUUCUCUCUCAGAGGCGUCUUACACCUAGUCAACAAUCGAAAAGCGAUUAAUAAUGGUGAACUUGGAGGCUUUUGUCCACUGAUGGCAUUAUUAUGCACAUUCCUUUGAAGAAACUGAGAAGAUUAACGCUUGAAGCUGUUAAGCAUCAUCUUGCUAUCCUUGCUGCUGUGUUGCGCCUGGAGUUCCAUGGCUUCAAGCUCAAUUAUAGUGGAGAAGACAUAUGAAGGAUUUCAUCAAAUCCCUCAUUAAGAUUGACAAUGAAGUUGUUCUAUUUUGACAUUUUGUUUAACAGGGAAUACACGCGAGGCUUGUACAUGCAGCAGGUUGUUAUUUUAUAGGAAAGUAAUUUCCUAGUAAUACAGCAUAUUUCAGCUGAUUGCAA